GUCGGCACCACCCAUUUUAAAUACAUCCCUCUAUGUGUGUGUCAUGCUCAUUAUAAUAACAUCAACAGCAUAUGACAUGCAUCAACUUUGUCUCCAAUGUCUUUCAAACCAAUUUUUAUGAAAAUUGACAACAAACCAAUAACGUUUUCAUCGACGACGAAACAACAAGAAACAUUUACAAACAAAGUUUUCCUGUCCUUCACCUUCCUUCUUCCUUAACCCUUUCAACAUUUCUUCAAAUUCAUACUCCUUGUCACUAGGGUUUUGUUGUUAACCGGUUAAAAAAACGAUCUUGAUCCUCUUUAACCCUACAAGAAUACCUGAAACUAGCCAUGAUGGAAGAAUCAGACCCACCAUUUAUGGAGUUCUACAAGAACUUGUUCGAUGAUCAUGACCGAUCAAAGAAGAACCAUAAUGGUGUUUCCGAUGAUGUAGAGGAAUGGGAGCUACCGAUGAUCGAUCUCGGGCGGUUGGAUCGAGGAGGGUGGGAGAUUGCUGAUUGUAAAAGAGAGAUAGCUGAGGCCUCAAGAAAAUGGGGCUUCUUUCAAGUCAUAAAUCAUGGUGUUUCGGCUGAUAUUUUGGAGAAGAUGAGGUGUGAACAGAUAAAGGCGUUCAAGAAGACUUAUCAUGAAAAGAGUAGUAACCACCGUGAUUUGAAUUUUCCGGUGGGUAGUUACCGGUGGGGGACUCCUUCUGCCACUUGUUUGAAGCAGCUUGCGUGGUCAGAAGCUUUCCAUGUACCAUUGACUGAUAUUUCCAACAUGGGUGGUGUCACUAGUCUCAGAACAACAAUGGAACAGUUUGCAACCACGGUCUCUGAGCUAGCAGAAAUGUUGGCAGAGAUUUUGGCUGAGGAGCUUGGACACAAGUCUAAUUUUUUCAAGGAGAAUUGCUUGCCUAGUACUUGCUACCUUCGUAUGAAUCGCUAUCCACCGUGCCCGGUUUCUCCACAUGUUUGUGGAUUGAUGCCACACACUGACAGUGAUUUUCUCACCAUAUUACAUCAAGAUCAAAUUGGAGGAUUACAAUUAGUGAAAGAUGGAAAAUGGAUUGCUGUUAAACCUAAUAAAGAAGCUCUAAUCAUCAAUAUAGGGGAUCUUUUUCAGGCUUGGAGCAAUGAUGUUUAUAAGAGUGUUGAGCAUCGAGUCGUCGCUAAUAGACAAACCGAGAGGUUUUCGACUGCAUUUUUCUUCUGUCCGUCAUAUGAUACAGUAAUACAAAGUUGUGCUGAGAAGUCCAUUUAUAGGAGAUUCAGCUUCAAAGAAUUCAGACAGCAGGUUCAAGAUGAUGUCAAGAAACAUGGUUACAAAAUAGGGCUUCCCAGGUUUAUUUUAUGAAGCAAAUAGACCUCAUUUAUUUCUUCCAGUAAUUAUAUUAACUAGCUUGGAAUAUAUCCCCUUAUUUUUUAAAAAUAUUCCCUUUUUAUUUUGAAGUUCUUUUUCAGUACUCGGGCUAGACAUCAUUACUUAAAGCUCGAAAUCAUAGGUUUUCGUAUAGUCAUCGGAUAACAAGAGCAGUUGGAAGCAUUUGCAACUUUCUAUCCGUUUAAUUAGUGAAAAACCAUUAUGUUUAUGUAAUUACAUUAUAUCAUAUGGAUAUGCUUGUAUAUUGUUUUUGUAUAAGAUCAAGUACCAUAUGUGUAUCGCUU